AUGAAGUUUUUAAAUACUGCUUCGAUCGCGGCACUGGCUGGUCUUUCGCUCCUCGUGCCCGCUGUGUACGGAGUCAUUGUUUUAGAUUGUGGCGAAGGCGCCAAAUUUCCCGAGACGGAAAUUAAUGAAUACCUAAAACUAGCUGGACCGAGAGGAAUGAGGGCUGACGACCCUCCUUAUCUCCAUGGAAAUAUAAUUGGCGCAUAUCGUAUGACUGUGGAGAUACGCGGUAAUCCUAGAACGUUCUUAAUCCAACGUAUUGACGAAAUUCCAUACUACCGAUUUUUCGAAAUUACAUCUGGUCAUAAAGAAUGUCCUAUUGGAGCUCACGGUCGUUAG